UCUGCGCUUCUAACCUACAAAAUGUAUACAAAAAUAAUGCGAGCCAAAUAAAGUUCCCCACAAAAUUACAUGCCAAAUGACUUUGAGUAGGUCACUGGAGCAGCUUUUUAAGCGAAAAUCGGUGAAAUACGGCAUACCGUUCCUUCUAUUGGUGGUGGGCGGUUCCUUCGGAUUAAAGCACUUUGCCAGUUUGAGGUUUGAGUAUAGGAAGGUGACGCUGAUCACGCCUGAGAUAGCGAAAGAGCUUGGGAUCGAAUUGAAAAAGCCAGGCACUCUAGAAUCUGAGUAUGAGAAAAUAAAAGACAUGGAUAUUGAUAACUGGAAGCAGGUCCGCGGGCCCAGACCGUGGGAGCAAAAUGAACAGAGCUGAAUUGUCUCGGUUCUGUCGUGAUGAUAUUUUCGCUAUAGUUGUUAUUUAUAAUUUUAGAAAGUGGAAAAUAUAGUUGGAAAAAAUA